AUGAGUGAGAUUCAGAAGAUUCCCAGGCUGCUGGUGGCAGCAGCCGAUGGUUACCUGCAUCUGUACAAUCUGGACCCGCAAGAGGGAGGCGAAUGCACGCUGAUGAAGCAGCACAGGGAACACACUCGCAGUGAACACGGAGUGUUAGACGGCAGUGCUGAGCCCCCCAAUGAGAUCCUUGAGCGGGGGUCACAUGAUCGCCCACUUGUGGCCCAAACCUACAGUGCAGCUGUCACUAAAGGUUACUGUGAAGAACAAGGUGGCGGCGGCGGCGCGGGGCUCGAAGACGACCUCAACGACCUACGCUUGGAGGAGAACGAGCAGCCGCCGCUCAUCCUCGAAACUGACUGACUGAACAUACCUGCCAAUCAGAGGGCUCCUCU